AAGUCACUGUACAGAAACAGAACAGCCAUUUGGCCUUCGGCCUUUGGCAUUUGCACACAAAACUCUCUCUCUCUCUCUCUUCAUUGAUUCCAUCUUCUUCCCUUGAUAUUCUCCCAUCUCGUUGCAUCGCAGACGCAGUUAGUUUCGCGAUGGGUUUUCUCUACCUCGCCAUCAGAAUUCCAAGCAUCGUCACCGCCUCCUUCUUCUUCAAUGUAGUUACACGGGCCAGAUUCCUUCUCAUUGGCGUGCUUACCCAUCUCGGCCUCUACAAGCCUCCUCCCGAAGAGGACCCUAAUUCCGGGGACAAUUCCAACGACUAUAUCCUUAUAUUGGACGGUUCGUCUCCUUCUCUUGUCCCCAUCCCAGUGCGUGUUGUGACCGCAGCCAUCAAGAGCAGAGUUCCCGUUGUUCAGUACCGAGAUUUGGCCCUCCUCCGCGGGCGGGAAGAGUGCGAGGAGGAGGAGUUGUGUGGGCUGAAGAUUUGCAGCAUUUGCUUGGAGUGUAUAGAGUGGGAGCAUGAGGUCCGGGAGCUUUGUAAUUGUGAUCAUGUGUUCCACAGGGGGUGUCUGGACACCUGGAUGGAUGAGGGACAAGUUACUUGUCCUUUGUGUAGAUCUAUGCUUUUACCCCCCAAAACAAAUCUUACCAGAUGCAAUGGAAUUCGGCCAGGUUUGCUGCAGGACGGUGCCCACUUGGUUGCUGGUUGAGUCCCUGUCAUACUACUGUAAUUGUUUUGUCACCAACUGGCAUGCAUUUGCGAUGAUUUUGAGCUUUGCAUUUGCUUGUGCCCUGUCUCUCUCUGUGUGUUGUUCGGUGGCUGUUCUUAUCACCAGGAAGCCCCAAAGCA